AUGUCUUCCAAUCCAUUGCGCGAAAUCAUCAAUGGACUAGGUGAGGUUCCAAUAGUGCUUGCACCCCAGUUCGAAGUUAAUGAUUUAGCAUUUAGAAUGCUUGUAAGAAAAUACAACGUGAAAUUGUGCUGGACUGGAAUGGUUAAUUCUCAUAUGUGGGCAAUCCAACCAUCAAGUAGGAACAGCUAUUUUCAAACUUGUUCACAAGACAGGCCUCUUAUCAUUCAAAUGUCAGGAAAUGAUGAAUCUGAGCUUAUAGCAUGCGCUAAAGACUUACAACAGUUCGCGGUUGGAAUUGAUAUCAACUGUGGAUGCACUCAACAUAUUGCAAGACGCGGCCAAUAUGGCUACUUUAUGGUAAACAACGAAAACAAAAGGAAAAACGUUAUUGAAAUGGUCAAAAACAUUGUAGCAUCAAUAAAUGUACCUCUUUCCAUCAAGUUCCGCCUUAUUGAUGGCGAAGAUGGAAAACCCGACGUUGAUAUUACAUGUAAAUUUGCGAAAGAGUUAGAAGACGCAGGAGUAUCAUUAAUAUCCGUUCAUGGACGUGCUAAAAAUAGCAAUAAAGCAGGCCCAGUCGAUGCAGAAGCAAUUCGUAAAAUUGCGGAGUCUGUUUCGAUUCCUGUGAUGGCAAAUGGUGGUGUACGUACAAAAGAGGAAGCCAUUGAAAUGUUCAAAGAAUCACAUGCAGCAGGAGUUAUGGUUGGUCAGGGAUUAUUAAUGAAUCCGAAAGCUUUUUCAGAUACACCAGAGCAUGACCCAGUUGCUAUUUCCAGAGAAUACCUCCAAUUAUGGAAAGAAUACCCUGAUCCAAACUUUUUCAUCGCUAGAAGACAUAUCUUCAACUUCUUUGAUGAAAUUGUUCGCGUUAAUAAGCCAGUUGGAGAUUACCUUAAGACUACUCACUCUAUUGAAGAACUUGAGUCAUUUUUGACAGAUUAUGAAAAUGGAAAAUACAAAUUAGAGUAG